GAAACUCACUUACAAGAGUUUUCAGGCAACGCUCAAACAUACCCAAAUUACCAAAGCUUUUCAUUCUUGCAAUACUCGGCCAUGGGAUCUAAACUCCUGCAUAACAAUAACAACGGAAAUAAUACUAUUAAGUUCCUCUGUAGCUACGGCGGCAAGAUCCUUCCUCGCCGCACCGACGGCAUCCUCCGAUACUACGGCGGCCACACCAGAGUCCUCGCUUUUCCUUCCACUUCAUUCUCAGAGUUAAUGACAAAGAUUAGCGAGCUGUGCGGUUCGCCGGCGACACUCCGGUGUCCUUUGCCAAACGGGGACUUGGACACCUUGAUUUCCGUCAAAAACGACGAAGAUUUGGCAAAUAUAAUCGAGGAAUACGAUCGAGUUUCUUCGUCCUUACCUCAUCGGUUGAAGAUCAGAGCCAUUCUUUCGCCGCUGGACAAAUCAUCUCCUUCUCCAUCUUCUUCGUCCAGCGCCUCUCACACUCCGCCUGGUUCGCCUCACUCAUCCGCCAGUUCCCCGCCGUGUUCUGAGGCUCACCGAUUCGGCUGCCGGAACUGCUCGCCAACUGCGUAUUCUAUAUGCCCCCGUAACGGAGCGGCAAAAUCCGGUUCGUAUCACUCCUCUCCCUGUUCCUUGCCGUGCUACGCGGUGCACCGGUUCCGUUGCCGGAAUUGUUCCUCGGGUGCGUAUCUUACCAGCAUCCGUAAUGGAGCGGCUAAAUCCAGUUCUCCUCACUCCUCCGGCGGCUCCCCGCCGUAUUCCACAGCCCACCGGUUCGGCUGCCAGAAUUGCUCGCCGAUUUCGUAUCCAAUUGGCGUCUGUAACGCGGCGGUAAAAGGAUGUUAGGUAUAUUGCGAUGGUAGUGCCAGCUUUGUGAAUUUUAAAAAUAUAUAAAAAAUUAGAUUUUUGUUUUACAAAAUAAGAUGAAUUUAUGUAUAAAGUAAUACUUAAAACUUUUAA